UCAGUUUAAUACAAUAGGCUAUAGCCUAGAAUAUAAAAAACAAUACCUAUUUCCUCUGGGUAAAAAAGACCUCGGAAAGGAGCGGAAAGCCCAGCAAUAAACUCGGAUAUCACAGCGGCGGAAGAGUUCCGCUCUACAUUAUAUACUACAACAUCUAUGGCAAUAACAAUAGAACAAUCGAGAUCAAUGUCAUAUAAUAUACUAAUGCAUACUAUGAUUGAGUUUCUGCAGUUUGUGCAUCUGACGUUGCGGUAUUUGUACUCCGUUUCUCCGCAUUUCGAGUCUUGAUAUACUACUCCUCGUAGUCCAGGUCAUUCUGAUGUAGUUGUAUCUACACUUGACUAUAUUCUAUCCAUAAAGAAAAAAAGCGAGGAAAAUCCAAAAUGUCCACCCCCAAAGUCACUCUAUACACCUACUUCCGAUCCUCCUGCUCAGCCAGACUUCGCAUCGCCCUCGCUCUCAAAUCCAUACCCUACACCCCCAUCCCCAUCAACCUCCUCAAAGACGAACAACUCUCCCCCUCCCACCGCGCCAUAAACCCCUCCGCCACCGUCCCAGCUCUCAUCGUCCAACACGACUACCACAACAACCCAUCCCAGCCCCCCGUGGUGAUAACCCAGUCCCUCGCAGCCCUCGAAUACCUCGACGAGAUCUCCCCCGCCUCAGCCCCAUCUCUCCUCCCCCCAGUUUCAGACCCAGAAGGCCGGGCUCUCGUACGCACCCUCGCAUCCAUCAUAGCAUGUGACGUCCAGCCCGUCACGAACCUGCGUAUCCUGAAACGUGUCGCGCCUCUCGGCAUCGACCGCGCAGAGUGGUCGAGGGAUUUAAUCGAGGAUGGGUUCCGCGCUUACGAGGCGAUUGUUGCCCGGUCUGCGGGGACGUUUAGUGUCGGGGACUCGAUUACCCUCGCUGAUGUGUGUUUGGUUCCUGCUGCUUGGGGCGCGGAGAGAGUCGGGGUGGAUAUGAAGGCCUUUCCGACGAUUUUGCGGAUUUGGGAGAGGUUGGAGAUGGAGGAGUGUGUGAAGGCGGGACAUUGGAGGACGCAGGUUGACACUCCUGAGGAGUUUCGAGCCUAGAUUCUAUAUAAAUGAGUAACUAUACUUUUCAUUGCUGGUUGUUUAUAUUGAGGAUUAUUUUGUGUUUUAUAUUGAUGGUUUUGAUUUCUUCUAUCUCAGCUA